GAAAAAUUUAUAUUGUUUUGAAAUUUUGAAAAAUGCACACAUCUAAAAUUCUUUGUUGAUCGCAAAAAAACAGAAAAAGCUGCAAUGACUUGCACAGAAAUUUUACGUGAACUUCAGUGUAAAACUCCGCCUUGUCCCUGCCAGAAGUGCGCCAAGCUACGUGGUGAGAGCGGAAAUGGAAACGUCAAUGCUGAAAGUAAUUUUCGAGAUACGCCGCCAGAGCGGCCAAUACCAAAAUAUCAGUUUCAGUGUAAAUGCCUUUGUGAUACGGAUACGGAAAUGCCCUAUAAACGGAAAUGUCCACCCACUCCGCCGAAGCCCAAGCAAACUGUUAAAACCAAUGAAAAGUGUGUAGAAGAUGAUUGUAAUACGGGGAAAGGUUGUUGCAACGGACGCAACUUUUUGUCCUUUAUGAUAAGCAUAAUUGGCUUCAUAGCGUUUUUAAUAAUAGCCGCCAUCGUGUUCUGGCUUUUAGUGUUGAAAUGUACAAUUAUCCUGUCCAUCAAAGUAUAUAAAUCGAAGAGAACUACGCAAGUGACUGUAGUGAGCAUAAUUGGUUUAUUGUUUCUGCUUAUAUUUUGUACGGCUGCGUUGACAUGUUUUCAAAGAUAUUCGGCUAGACGUUCGACGAGCAAACUUGCAGCACAACCUGUCACUAAAAUAAAAUCCGAACCCUCUGGCAGUUGGUAUACAUUUAAAAGGAGUCAACGGCAAGCAAUUGCGCCGCCACUCAAAGUGAGUAAGACCCGUUAUCCUUGGACACUUUAUUCUGCUACUCCGGGCACAGCAAAAGAAGUCACUUCCACAGUCAGCAAAGUUGAAACACGUUCUUCGUGGAUACCUUUUGGUAGAGGACGUCUGGUAACAACGAAGGAAAUUAAAACGGAAUCUAGCGAACCACGUUCGUCGUGGAUAAAAACACAUAUUUGGCGAGAGACAACAACGAAAGAUAUUGUUACCCCUGUUAAGAAGCCUGAGGCAUCUUCUUCCUGGUUACCAUCAUUUAGAUGGAGUUCGGCUCCAUCGAAACAAAUUGAACAACAAACUAAAACAACAGAGACACGUACCACGUGGAUUCCUUCUCGAUGGUGGGGUUCGUCUCCGCCAAAAGAAAUUGAUUAUCAACUGAAGAAAUCUGAAACGCCCACUUCUUGGCUGUCUACAUUUAGUUGGAGCACAAAACAAGUGGAAGUAACCCCUAAAGAGAUAGAGAGGCGUUCCUCGUGGCGGCCUUCUAGUUGGUGGGGUCCAUCUACACCAAAAGAAAUUGAUUAUCAACUGAGGAAAUCAGAAACGCCUACUCCUUGGCUGUCUACAUUUAGAUGGCGUACAAAACAACCUGAACAAGCACAUAAAAAGAUUGAAAAGCGUUUCUCCUGGCGGCCUUCUAGUUGGUGGGGUCAGUCUCCGCCAAAAGAAAUUGAUUAUCAACUGAAGAAAUCUGAAACUCCCACUACUUGGAUGUCUACAUUUAGAUGGACUUCAACUUCAUCGAAACAAGUUGAGCUUCCACCAAAAAAGACAGAGGCACGGUCAUCUUGGAUUCCAUUUCAGUGGGGUCAGACUGUACCCAAAGUGGUUGAACGAAACGAAACGUCUGUGACGCGUUACACUUGGUUACCUUCCCUCAAGUGGAGGCAGUCACCAGUCAAAAUUGAGACUACAACUACAAAGACGGAAGCCCGCUCUUCAUGGUUACCUACCUUUAAUCUGCGCUCUAGAUGGGCAACUUACUUUACUAAAUCAACUACAACAAAAGAAAUUCAAACUCCACCACAAGCAAGUAAAGUACGUUUCUCCUGGAUGCCUUUUCAUUGGUGGAGUAACAAGUCAGCAAAAGAUAUGGAAAUUGAAUUGACGCAAAAAGAGCAGGAGUCACGUUCAUCUUGGAUACCCUACUUUAAUUGGAGACGGACGAAGACAACCAAAACGACAACAACAAAUAAGGACUCGAAAAAGACUACUUCGACUUCUUACUGGUGGCCAAGUUUUAGUUGGGGUCAAUCAGCUACCACAGCAGCAAGUAACAGACUGUCCGGUGGAAUGCAACAACAGCAGCUUACUGUCACCAUAACCGACGAUGAUGCACGCCAAAUAUAUAAACGGUCCAAGUUGUACGCGAUACCAACAGAAAUGAAACAACCGCCGACUUUGAUCAUCUAUUUACGAGAUUUUAUUCAAAGAAGUACGGACUGAAGAUUCAACAUAAAAGCGGCUAGUUCAAGAGUUAAGUUGAAAACAAUGUGUGCAACCACAAAAAUUAUUGA